AUGGCCAGCGGGGGGUUUAACGGACUUCGCAACCUAUUACCUGCCAAUUACAUUAAAUUGGGCAGUUUCGUCUUGUUUCCAGGCGACCCUUUGAGGUCCUUCUUCAACCCAGACGGCACGCCGGCACCCAGCGCCAAGAUCGAAGCCACGAGCGCGGCCGACUUUGAUGCCAGCAACACCGGGGGCCGAGGAGCCCUCUCGCUGGGAGAGAUACUUACUGCCGGGUGUGGCCUAAAAUCGGAAACCUCGGUCAAUCUCGAAGCGGCGAGCUCCACGUCGCAAUCCAUGCUCAACUACGACGACUGGUUUCAGGAAGCGUGCCGGUCGACUAAGCUCAGAGUUUGGUUUGAGCAGCAACUGGAGAGAUACGGAUCAGCCGGGUUGCGCCUGCAUUUUGUCAUCGGCCUUCAGACCAUCAAAGAUGCAUCCCUGGUGCUGCGGAGAUCGAACACGGUCGAAGCCAGACUGGCCGGUCAAGUGCCGGUCGCGGAGCUUCUAGGAGACCCUGGGGUGUUGACUCGCCUGCUCGACCCAAAGGCCGAGGUCAACGUCGAGUUCAUCCGGUCUGCCGGGCAGAAGUUCUCGGUUGCAGAGACGGUGCACGCAGUGAGAUAUGCGCUGGUCAGGUUCGAGUACCUGUCGAGCAGGAAGCUUGCCCGGCUUCUGGGAAAGAUGCGUCUCCCCAAAUCAUCGCUGGAGACGGGCACGCGGUGGGUGGUUAUGGGCGCAGACGCCGGAGGACCAUCUGUAAGUGACCAGGAAAUCGAAUCGGAAGAUGAACUGGAGGAUAUAAUUGAAGCUAGGAUUUGCGAGCAAGACGAGGAGCAGGGGCCAGCGUCUGUUGCGAGCCUGGAAGUGGGGGGUGGUUACCAAGUUGAUUAUUAG